AGCAUGGCCUGUUUGUUUCUUCCUUCUACUCCACGCCCAUUGUCUACCCCUUUUCCUCUUCUCCAUUGUUCCAUAGUUGAAAUUCAAGCAGUUUCUCUCAGUACAGAUUUUCAGUAAAAGGGUGUACAGUAUAUACUAUGAGAAGAAGAAUCUACAGCCCACAAGAGUGAAUAUCGAAACAUGUUUUGUUGUUUGGCCCCUCCUUUUUCUUUCAAUUUAUCUUUUUUUUACACUUCUCCAAUUCGUUGUUUGAUCGGCUGUAACCAUACUUCCGCUCGCUUCUGCUCACGAUAAUUCAACAGAGGGAUACGUAUACAUUCAGAAAAUUUAGAGAAUUAGAGGUUUAUUUUUUUAGUUUUUUAUUAUUUGGGUUUCUAUGAUGCAGCAGAGUGGAGGGGCACCGAGUUUUGUGAGGAAGUUUUUAAUAAAAUUGUUUUUAUUCUGUCUAUUUGUUAUCGCCGCCCGUUUUGCUUACGUCGUGACUCUUCGAGGGGAAUUAUGUGACCACGGAGAUUUCUGUUUCUUCUCGUUGCCGGAAAAUAUCAAUGUUGUGGUGGGCAUCAGGAAACGGGCCAAACCCUCGUCGGUGAUUAUCUCCAUCAAUGGAAAGCCGGCGCCGGCUAUGCCCAAGAAGAUGCCGGAACUCUGGACUUCCGAGGGUUUCCAGAAGUCCGUUCGUUUCUAUUCCUCAAUCUUCCAAGAUCUGAUUUCUGAGGGCUUCUUGAGCCCUAGCUAUAAGGUCCUUUGCGUUGAAACACAGACGGGUGCUGACGUUUUUGCGUUGAAAGAGAUUGGGGCGGAUGAUUCGAUAGGGAUUUUCAAGAAAGCAUUUAAGCCCUUAGUCAUUUCAGGGCUGGGUUUUAAGCAGCCAUUCAAGAAUGAUACUUUCGAUUUUGUGUUUUCCGGUAGCCGUAUGAUUGAGAAGUCUUCGAAGUUGGUUGAUUUUGCGAGGGAGAUUUCCAGGACCCUGAAACCCGAAGGGUUUCUGGUGGUUCACACGGCCACGAAAGAUGAGUACUGUCUCAAUUCGUUUCUUGAUUUGUUUCACUUUUGUAAAUUGGUAAAACUUAGGGAUAUCGGUGGGAUUGAUUCCAAAAUGCCAAUUAUUCGUGAAAUUGUCAUGAAAAAAGUGAGUGGUUACGGAGACAUCAAACAAAUUAUUGGCCAAGAGAUGGGAAAUCAGAGUGUUGAAUGCUCAGUUCCGGGGUAUAAGCAAGAAUUGAUCCAUAAAGCAGAGCCUCUAAUUGAGGAAGAACCAAAGAAGCCUUGGAUUACUUUGAAGAAGAAUUUACAGAACAUAAAGUACUUGCCAUCAAUGGCUGAUAUAAGUUUUAAACAGAGGUAUGUGUAUGUGGAUAUUGGAGCUAGAAGCUAUGGGUCAAGCAUUGUUAGUUGGUUUAAAAAGCAAUAUCCAAAACAAAACAAGACUUUUGAAAUAUAUGCAAUUGAGGCUGAUAAGACAUUCUAUGACGACUAUAAGUAUAAGAAAGGGGUCACCUUGUUGCCCUAUGCAGCAUGGGUGAGGAAUGAAACCCUGUUUUUCGAGAUUAAUAAUCAAGACCCCAGUCAUAAAAAUGUGAAGAAAGGUAGAGGGAUGGGGAGGAUUCUACCGGUUCAGUCUUCAGGCAGUUCUAGUUCUUCUGGGGACGUGUAUGAGAUUCAGGGAUUUGAUUUUGCUGAAUGGUUGAAGAAAUCAGUGUCUGAGAGGGACUAUGUGGUUAUGAAGAUGGAUGUAGAAGGGACUGAAUUUGAUUUGAUUCCCAGGUUGUUUGAAACUGGAGCAAUAUGUUUGAUUGAUGAAAUUUUUCUUGAAUGCCAUUAUAAUAGGUGGCAGAAAUGUUGCCCGGGGGAGAGAACGACUAAGUACCAGAGGACGUAUGGGCAAUGCUUGGACCUGUUUUCUUCUCUAAGAGAGAGUGGAGUCCUAGUGCAUCAAUGGUGGUGACUGGUAAUAGCUAUAUAGGUAUUCUGUUCCAUUUGUUGUUUUUAAAGUUUCUUUUUUUGCUCACAAAUCAAAACGUUGUAACUUUUUGUACCAUCAUUCAUUGAAUUCCUACCCUAUGUAUUUAAGAUUAAAGUCAUAUUUGAAUUUUAUAUGUUAUUCUGCAGCUCAAAAAAUCUUUUCGGGUCUGCAGAAUUCAAGAUUGUUUACUUUUAGAAAUAGAUAACCAAAUUUUACUGAA